AUGACAGGAUGCUUCUCACAGCUUUUUAUUUGGUGUCGUCUUACGUUGUACGACUUUAAAAUAAAAAUAAAAAAUUUUAAAAAGGAAUUUAAAGAAAAAAAAAAGACUUCUGUCGUAAAGAAACCUAUUUUCAGAACGCAGAUCCGCUACUUCAGAGCUCUGGGAUUGAACAGUGUUGUUUCCCCCUCCGGCCAUCGUCGUGGACUCUUGUCGACUGUCCCUUUCGUCGAGGUGACGAGUUGUGGUCACUGUCUUGCACACGCGGACGCGCUCUCAGGAAAACCAGGGUUCCCGAGGGACAGCUCCACACCAUUUCAUGUAUUUUGUCACCCAACUCCUAGCACUGAAGAUGUUAUUAAAAAAAUAAUAAUAAAAAAUAAAGGAAAAAAAUAA